AUGUCCUACGGAAACUACGGCGGCGGCGGCUACGGCAACAAUGAUGGCUACAACCAAGGUGGCUAUAACCAAGGUGGCGGCUUUGGAGGCCCUCCACCUGGACCUCCUCCAGGCCAAUAUGGCGGCGGCUACGGUGGAGGCAACGAGGGUGGCUAUGGUCAGCGCGAGUUUGGCGGGCCUCCACCUGGGCCUCCUGGUGGUCAGUAUGACAACAACCGUUGGGGUGAAGAAAAUGAGAGUAGCGGUAACAACAAUGGCGGCUAUGAAGGUCGUCGUCACCAGGGUGGUGGUGGUUAUGAGCAAGGUGGAUAUGGAGGCAAUGAAGGCCGUCAGAACGAGUACGAAAACCAAGGUGGUCGUCAGAACCGGUACGAAAACCAAGGAGGUUACGGUGGAUACAAUAGCAAUGAAGGUCGCCAGAAUGAGUACGGGAACCAGGGAGGCUAUGGAGGAAAUAAUAACAGCAAUAAUGGCCGUCAUGGUGGCUAUGAAAAUGAAAGUGGCCGCCAAAACAGAUACGAGAGCCAGGGCUCUCAAGGUGGUUACGGCCAGAGCUCUCAAGGUGGCAACAGCCAAAGCUCUCAAGGUGGCUACAGCCAGAGCUCUCAGGGAGGCUACAACCAAAGCUCUAACCAAAGCUCACAGGGAGGCUACAACCAAGGUGGAUCUAACCAGGUCUCUGGUGGCCGCUACGGCAACCCUAACUACGGUGGCAGUCAUUCGACGCAAAACCAGCGAUUCAACGCGCCACCUAGCCACGGACAGUCCUUUGGCGUUGAGGGCAUGCAGAACUAUAAGUACUCUCAGUGUACUGGUCGACGCAAGGCACUGCUGAUUGGUAUUAACUACAUUGGACAAAAGUCACAGCUCAAGGGAUGCAUCAAUGAUGUUAAGAAUGUGCGCAAGUUCUUGACUGAGGUUUACGGAUACAAGGACGAUGAUAUGGUGAUACUCACAGAUGACCAGCAAAAUCAACAGUCUAUCCCUACCAAGGCCAACAUUUUGCGUGCGUGCCAGUGGCUUGUCAAGGAUGCCCAACCAAAUGAUUCACUUUUCUUGCACUACUCUGGGCACGGUGGUCAGGAAGCUGACACGAGCGGUGAUGAAAAUGACGGCUUUGAUGAGUGCAUCUACCCAGUCGAUUAUUCCAAGUCCGGCUCCAUCGUUGAUGACGAGCUCCACAAGGUUCUGGUUUCACCACUGCCUGCUGGUACUCGUUUGACAUCACUUAUGGACUGCUGCCACUCGGCCACCGUUUUGGAUUUGCCCUAUGUAUACUCUACCAAGGGUGUUCUCAAGGAGCCUAACAUGCUCAAGGAUGCCGGAAAGAGUGCCCUUUCUGCGUUUUCCAGUUACUCGUCCGGAGAUAUUCAGGGCGUCAUGUCAUCCGUGUCCGGAGCCAUUUCACGUCUGCAGCAGGGUAACAAGGGCUACGAGUAUACCAUCAAGAACAAGACGUCACCUGCUGACGUCAUUAUGAUUUCCGGGUGCAAGGACAACCAGACAUCUGCAGACAGUUUCGAAGACGGCGCUGCUACAGGUGCCAUGUCCCAUGCCUUUAUCCAGGUCAUGCGCAACAACAAGAACCAGAGUUACCUCUCGCUGCUCAAUAAUAUGCGUGAUGUUCUUGAGGAUAAGUAUGAGCAAAAGCCUCAGCUUUCAUGCUCCCACCCGCUUGACUGUGAUCUCCAGUUUAUCAUGUAA